GGGGCAGUAUACUUAAUUAGCCAAGCACAUGCCAUCUGGGAUUAAUUGAAGUCAACCGAUCGAUCAAAUCGUGUUUACGUUAUACAGGGAUCUGCAUCUCGUCCGGGGGCCUGCAGCCAAACCACAUUCUCAUCUGGCGACCUCAGCCCCUUCUCCCCUUAAUUUGGUUCUUCUUCUCAGCUACGGAUCCUUCAAGUAUCCAAUCUUCACCAGUUACAGCUGCUGCGUAACCAAAAUUCAUCAGAUAUGGCCAGUCACUCGAGCAAGCCGAGCACUCUGCCCAAGGACUUCCCGUUAGAUUAUUUGAGGAAGAUCACUGAUGAGUUCUCUUCUGAUCGAAUCAUACAUCAAGGUGCAACUGGAACGGUUUAUAAGGGAAUAGGGCCAGACGGGGAAGUGAUUGCUGUGAAGAGGCUUAGUAGUAAGGAGAUCUCCGAGAAACUAUUUCAAGCUGAGGUUCAGAAUCUUGUGGCGCUCCAUCAUCAAAAUAUUGUGAGUUUAAUUGGCUACAGCCAUGAGUCAGAACUGAAAGUGGUGGAGCGGGACGGGAAAUAUAUUGUUGAUGAAAUAACUGAAGCAUUACUGUGCUUUGAAUAUGUACCACAGGGAAGGCUUGUCGACCAUAUGUUUGGUGAAUCUCAUAAAUUGGAGUGGGAGACAUGCUUCAAAAUAAUCAAGGGGAUCUGCCAGGGCUUACGUUUCUUGCACAGUAUGCCAAUUGUUCAUAUGGAUCUUCAACCAGCGAAUAUAUUGUUGGAUAAUAACAUGGUACCCAAAAUUGCGGAUUUUGGUCUCUCAAGAUUCUUCGGUCAAGAACAAACACGGAUGAUCACGCAAAAUGUCGUGGGAGCACAUGGAUACAUGGCUCCGGAGUAUCUAUAUAGAGGUGAAAUCUCAUGUCAGUCAGACAUAUAUAGUUUGGGCCUACUAAUCAUGGAAAUUACCAUGGCGGAAAAAAAUUGCCCCACCACACGUGACCAUUCUGCGGAGGAAUUCAUUAAAAAUGUUCGUGAAACGUGGACAGAUCAACAGCACAUUGCAUCCAAGUAUUCAUCAGUCGAUGUGAAUUGCCUCCAAGAAAUAAAACUAUGCAUCACGGUUGGGCUGGAAUGUGUGGAAUAUGAUCGGAUGAAAAGACCUUCUAUUGAGAAAGUUAUUGACAAGCUUCAUGGAUAAGUUAGGGGUAAAUGGCAGAGAGGUAUCCUGGUUUCAGCGUGCAUGAAACUCGGCGUCGUCUCUGACAGGAGAUGUCCGAGAUGAAAUAGAACAUGCCAAUGUGGAAACUGUUAAUGCUGAAGACUUGAAUUUUCUGGGAAACGAGAUCCUUUUAUGUAAAUGCAUUGUGUAAUCUCUGUUAAAAUAUUUUUGAAAUAGACACUCCUUGUGUUUCUCUUGGCA